UCACAGAGCUCGCAGAUGGAAAAGCAAGUUGAGUGUGUAUGAGUGAGUGUGUGUGUGUGUGUGCAGGCAGAGCCGUGUCAGCUCCUCCACUGCUGCUGGAAAGAACCAAACCCUUUCGCUUUUUUAAGCCGACUUUCAGCCUCCUCCGCAGCCGCGAACAUGCCCGCUGACGCGUCCUCCCACCGCGGCGAGCGCUUUUCGCGCUGGACAUGAGCGUGGAUUUGUUUUCCGAGCAAGGAACUCAUGAAACACCUCAAUCAGAGCGACGGGUUUAUGGACUCGCGUACUGAGUAUUAGCUAAUGAUGUCUAUGGGUUUCAUGCCUGACAGUCUGAAUGCGUCAGAUCCCUCCAAAUCGGCCUUCCUCGAGUUCGGCCACGGACACGCGGCUCACCAGCAGCACUCCCCCGGACUCUCUCACAUUUACCCCGUCCAUGGCUUGCACGCUGCCGGUCACUCCCAGCACGAAACUCCUUUCCCCGGCAGCUCGUCCUAUGGCCGCGCGCUGGGCUACGCCUACCCCGGCGCGGUGAACGCUCACGCCGCGUCCGCGUACUUGCCUUACCAGCACAACAAUCACAGCAGCAACAGCAGCAGCGGCGGCGGCGGCGGCAGAUUAGAGCUGACAGAUCGCGAGAAGUCCACGGCGAGUGACAGCAGAGAAAUUCGUCUCAAUGGCAAGGGGAAGAAAAUCCGGAAGCCCCGCACCAUCUACUCCAGCCUGCAACUGCAGGCGCUGCACCAGCGCUUCCAGCAGACCCAGUACCUGGCCUUACCAGAGCGCGCAGACCUGGCGGCCAAACUGGGGCUCACCCAGACUCAGGUGAAAAUAUGGUUUCAGAAUAAACGCUCCAAGUAUAAAAAGAUCAUGAAGCACGGCAGCGGCUCAGAGGGCGAACACCUCCACAGCACCAGCUCCAUCUCCCCGUGCUCGCCGGGCCUGCCUCAGCUCUGGGAGGUGUCCAUGGCGAACAAAGGCGCCUCCAUGCACCCAAACACUUACAUGAACAGUUUUGGCCACUGGUAUCCGAACCACCAUGCUCACCAGGACGCGAUGCCCAGGCCUCAGAUGAUGUGAGUGGACAGUUUCUGCCCAGGCCUCCUCCUCCUCCUCCUCCUCCUCCUGAGCUCCAUUUAAACGUGUGUUUUAUAGGACGUGUCCUUGUCCACUGUGUUCCGUGUGAAUAAUGUCACUGCAGAAUAUUACCAGGCAUUAAAUGCUUCUCUCUCUCUCUGGGAUCAUCAUCAUGUCACUGAAAUGUGGAUUUAUUCUCGGUUUCUAUUCAGAGACCUGGUUUGGACUCGUGGGUCCUGGUCUCUGCUUUGACUUUCACGGUUCUGCACGCGAGCGUUAUUCAAAUACAUAGCUGUCGGGGUGACGUUUAUUUGAAUUUUUUUUAUGAUUGAUAUCUUGCUCGGCACGUUUGUUUGGGUAGCCACAUCAUCCGUGAAAUGUUUUCACGCUGUCAAAUAUUUAAAAAAGCCAAACCCGCGAUUGUCUUAUCCAACAGACUGUGAACGAGCACACGUCUGAUCACAGGAAUCUGGAUUAAUAACAAACGAGCGCGUAACUGUAAGGUCAUGAAAACCGGCUUUCGUAUCACGCGUUCCUCAUAAGCAUAUUAAUAAUGAUACACUCAUAUAACGACAAACUUCAAAUUAAAGCGUCAAAUAAAGGGAAAAGAAAUGUGACGAUUUGGCAACUUUACGCACAGUGACUGUCACGUUUGAGCUCCAAAAAAACGGACUUCUAUCAUUAUUAAUAUUAUUAUGAUUGUUAUUAUUAUUAUUAAUAUUAUUUCAACAUCCUUUACUUUAUUCCUCUGCUUUCUCUCU